AUGUCAUCAAGUUUCCUCCUUCAUAUACACAACAAUGUCACGUGUCACCCACUAAUCCGCAAUCCAACAGUUUGUGGGACCCACGCUGUACGGGGGAACCUUAUCUCUAGGAGAAUCCAGAUCCAAAAGCCACGUCAUGUGCGCCCACGUGCUACCCCAUGGAAUCGACGGCGCAGAUUUCUUCCCAAGACCAUGACUUGUUGGUCCUUUAACGCUUCGCCGUCGUUAAAUAUUCCUCUCAUGCUGCAUAAUUCCGGAACCCCUAAGACACGCCACCCUCUUCUUCUCAUGGGCCUCCUCGAUCACUUGUGGGAUUUAACUGUCGCCGGCCCUCCGCCGGAGAACGGCCUCGGCAAGCUCCGAAAGCACCACACCUUCGCUUUCCGAUCUGCCACCGGCAAGGAAUCAGACGGCGGAAGCGUGAAAUCAUACGGCGAGGAUUCGCCGGAAGAUGCGGUGAGAGUUACACGUAGUAUCAUGAUCGUGAAACCACCUGGAUACCAGAGUCAGAAUGGAUCUGCGCCGGCUUCCCCCGCCGGUUCUACUCCUCCGGUGUCUCCGUUUGCCGGAGCCAGAGAGUCCUUCCGCUUUCGAAGAAGGUCAACAUCGGAUGCGUUCGAGAAGACUGGCCAGAAUAGACCAAGCUCUUCUUCUCCUUUCGAUGUGUGA